AUGGAGGAAGAAGAUUUGUAUGAUGAAUUUGGAAACUAUAUAGGUAGUUCCAAAGACUCUGAUGUGGAAAGUAUAGAGAAUAAUGUUGAAGCUACAAGUAUAAAUAAUGUUGAAGGACAACAGGCGAUGGCCUUGACCAGAGAUGAGGAGGAACCAGAUCUCACGGAGGAGGCCACAAGUCAAGCAUUGGUUAAGAGCCGCUCAGUAGCUAAAAAUGAAGGAGAAAUGAUUUUCAUUGAUGCAAUUGAACCUUUAUCUGAAAGACCUGUAAUUAGCCCCAAUGUACAGAAGCAGAUAAAAGAAGAAGUCAUUUAUGAGGAUAACCUUGCAUCUUUUGGGCAACAACAACAAAAUAAGUUUCUAAAGGACACAAUGAAUAAAGUUCCUGAAAGAAUACGAAAUAUUACAAUUAUGGGCAGUCACCAAUCGGGGAAAACCAGACUAAUUGACUCGUUACUUUUGCAUUCACAUACACUUCCCAGUGAAACAGCUGAAAAGCUUAAGCUGGCACCACGGUACCUUGACAAUCACCGGUUGGAAAUUGAUAGAGAAAUGACAAUAAAGACUCUGGCGAUGACAAUGAUUCUUGAGGACAAGAGAAAUCGAUCUUUUGCAUUUAAUAUACUCGAUACUCCUGGUCAUGUAGAUUUUAACGACGAGGUGAUUGCCGCGCUUGAACUUUCUGAUGGCGCAGUGUUGGUCUUGGACGUUGUUAUUGGCGUUACUUUUCAAGAUCAAAAACUCAUUAACGAGAUUAUGAAAAGGAACAUGCCUCUAGUUUUAGUCAUUAACAAAAUAGAUAGGUUGAUUUUGGAAUUGCAAUUACCACCCAAGGAUGCAUAUUUCAAGAUUUUCAACAUUAUUGAUGAUGUAAAUCAACUUAUCCAACAAAGUGAAUAUUUUGAGUCUUUUUCGCACCAAAAAGAGUUUUCCCCGUUACUAGAUAACGUCGUGUUUGCUAGUGCUGAUUUUGGCAUUUUCUUUAGUUUGAGAAGUUUCACCGAGUUGUAUUCUCAAACACAAGUCCAAUUAAAAGCAGAUUUCGAUGAGGAGUUUGUGGGUAUGCUAUGGGGGGAAUAUUUUUUUGAUCCGCAGCAAAACGCAAUUACAGAUGACUCCCGUAAUGGCCAAUUGUCAAGGACGUUUGUGGCGUUUGUUCUAGAUACAUUAUACAAAAUCACAUCUUUAGUAUUAAUUUCCAUGCCAUCUGAUAAGAAGCUACCUAAGCUACUUUGGCAAAACUUUGGAGUCUCGAUUCCAAAAAGGGAGUAUAAAAAGGACAUUAAACAAUUAUUGAAAGUAGUUUUUAUGACCAUUUUCGAGGGAAAUACGGGGUUUGUUGAUUCCAUAACGAGCCAUAUUCCACUGCCGUUGAGCAACUUAAGCAAUACUGGAAAUGAGUCUCGAAUACUAGGAAAAAUUGCAAAGCUUGUGGAAACUCUGGAUGGUAAAGCCUUCUUUUGCUUAGCCAGAGUCUACCUGGGCAAUUUAAAAGUUGGCGACAGCAUUGGAAUAUAUACUGGCGGAUCAGACAAGGAUGCCAAAAUGUGUAAACAGGAAACGAUAGGACAAAUUUUUAUACCAGGAGGCAGAUGUAAUUUCCCCGUCACUGAGACUGGUCUAGGCACAAUUGUGUUAAUUGAAGGUAUUGACUCAAGCAUCAAAAAAGGUGCUACAAUAGCAAAUUACACAGAAGAAGCACCGCCAAUUUUUGAAAUACCAAGAUAUAGUAUUAAUUCAGUAUUCAAAGUCGCUAUUGAACCAGAAGACCCACGUCAGAGACCUUUGCUUCUUGAAAGUUUGAGAAAGGUCAAUAAAUCGUAUUUAUCAACAGUCAUAAAUGUCGAAGAAUCGGGAGAGAUUACAGUUCUCGCCCCGGGAGAACUCUCUAUGGAUUGCGUUCUACACGAUGUGAGGAUCUAUUUUGCUGAUGAUUUGCGAAUCAAUGUAAGUGAUCCAUUGACUGUGUUUUCCGAGACUUGUACACAAACAUCGUUUACCAAAAUACCAGUAAGCACAAAUACAGGGGAGUUUACAAUUUCAAUUAUUGCCGAACCUGUGAAUGAUCCGCAACUAAGUUAUGCAAUUGAAUCGGGAAAACUCAACAUUCAUCAAACAAAAAGGGAAAUCUCAUCCAUUUUGAAAAAAGACUUUGAUUGGGAUGCAUUAGCUGCAAAGUCAGUUUGGUCAUUUGGCCCUGAUGAUCUUAUUGAACCGGACAUCUUGCUAGAUGACACUUUGGAAAUGGAAACUGAUAAAGUGCGACUACUAGAACUCAAAGAAUUGAUAAAGUCUGGUUUUACAUGGAGUAUUAGUGAAGGUCCAUUAAUUGGUGACACUAUCCGAAACACAAAAUUUAAAAUAUUAGAUGCUACGUUCAAAACAAAGACAGAUUCAUCACUCAACUCAGCACAAAUCAUACCGUUGAUUCGACGUGCGUGUUAUACCGGAUUGUUAACUGCAAAUCCUAGAUUAUUGGAGCCCAUAUAUAGAAUGGAUUGCAUUUGUUUUUACAAUAACAUACGCGUGAUAAAUGAGUUGUUGAAAUCGAGAAGGGGUUAUAUCAAGAAGCAAGAGGCAAUAGAAGGAACCCCUUUGCAUCAUGUUGAAGGGUACUUGCCAGUUAUUGAUAGUUUUGGAUUUGCAUCUGAUGUAAAACAGCAUUGUCAGGGAAAAGCGAGCGUUUCAUUAAUUUUUUCACAUUGGCAAAUCGUUCCUGGCGAUCCUUUCGAUAUGGUUUGUCAGUUACCAAGACUCAAACCAGUCCCAGAGGAAUCGUUAUCUCGUGAUUUUCUACUAAAGACGAGAAAACAAAAGGGCUUAACUGGCGAACCAACUUUGCAAAAAUACAUUGAUCCCGAGUUUUACGAAAAAUUGAAAGAAAGAGGAUUAGUUUUGUAA